UGCAGGGAGGGCGGGGCGGGCGCGGCUGGUCCCGGAGCUGUCCCGGGCGCUGGUGCUUCGCUCCCGGGGUCGCUGCACCAUGGCGGGCUGCGGGGGGCCCAGCUGGGCGGACGGGGAGGUCCGCACGGGGACGACCAUCAUGGCGGUGGAGUUUGACGGCGGGGUCGUGGUGGGCUCUGACUCCAGGGUCUCUGCGGGGGAGGCCGUGGUGAACCGGGUCUUCGAUAAGCUGGCCCCGCUGCACGAGCGGAUUUACUGGCUCUCCGGCUCCGCCGCCGACGCCCAAGCCAUCGCGGACAUGGUGCACUACCAACUGGAGCUGCACAGCCUGGACAUGGACGAGGCCCCGCUGGUCCUGGCGGCCGCCAGCCUGGUGAAGGGCGUCAGCUACAAGUACAAGGAGGAGCUGUCGGCGCAUCUCAUGGUGGCGGGAUGGGACCGGAGGAAAGGGGGGCAGGUGUACGGGACGCUGGGGGGGAUGCUCACCCGCCACCCCUUUGCCAUCGGCGGGUCCGGCAGCAGCUACAUUUAUGGUUACGUGGAUGCAGCCUACAAGCCCGGGAUGACUCCAGAGGAGUGUCGCCAGUUCACCAAGAACGCCAUUGCCCUGGCGAUGAGCCGGGACGGCUCCAGCGGGGGUGUUAUUUAUCUCGUCACUAUCACCAAGUCGGGCGCCGUGGAGCAGGUGUUCCUGGGGGACGAGAUCCCCAAGUUCUACGACGAAUGAGUUCUGGGCCGGCCCCUCUUUUAUACCCAAUAAACCUCUCCGAGCGCA